AACAUCUACUUACUACGCACGAAGGACUCCUCUACCAGUCAUGACUGUUCUGAGGCUAGCCUCAUGUGUCAUUGGUGUUUAUGCCAUGUUUCUGUUAUGGGCCAUCGCACAAGAACGACUUUCUGUACCGUUCGACACCAUUGAUGGCACGAGUUCGGACAAGUUUAAAUCGGCACUUUUCUUAGGAAUCUGCCAGAGCACUUUGAGUUCCAUAUCCGCACUGCUAUACAUCUUCUUUCGCCGAAAGUCUGGUGAAUCCAUCUACACGCUCCUUGGACUUGUUCCCCGUCCAUCCCCAAAAAGUUCAUCGAAAACUAACGGUUCCUCCAACACCAAGGUAUACAAAAACGGACACUCUCAAGCACAAGCACCCAAGGAAGAAAAAGACUCCAAGCAAGGCGGCGAUUCUUCUUGGCGGUCACAGCUCCUCCUUCGAUACCUCCAAUGCUCCGUUUUCAUCACGUGUGCGGCGCCCUUCGGUUUUGCUGCUCUAUCCUACAUCACUUAUCCAGCCAUGGUCCUCGGCAAAUCUUGUAAACUUGUACCAGUCAUGCUUAUGAACAUCGUCCUUUACCGUCGACGCUUCUCUCCGCAUAAAUACCUUGUAGUCGCAAUGGUCACCGUCGGAAUAACGGUCUUCAUGGGCCUGGGUAGCGAGAAGCCCUCUAAAAGCACACACAAGUCCACGGGACAGGGCGAGCUAACUCCAUAUGCAAAUGCGAUUGGUAUAGGCUACUUACUCAUCAACCUUGCGUUGGACGGCGCCGUUAAUUCCACUCAGGACGAGGUUUUUUCGCGGUACAAAGUCACUGGGCAGCAGAUGAUGUUCUGGAUCAAUCUUUUCUGCACCCUCCUAAGCAUCUGCUUAGCUGCAUUACCCCUUCCCUAUAUACCCGUCCUUCACCCUACCGCCGGCGGUCAAUCAGAGUUUAUGGCUGCUUUAUCGUUUAUCAGGUCACAUCCGUCGGUGGUUCUACCUCUAGCCCAGUUUUCUCUCACAGGUGCAUUGGGUCAACUGUUUAUCUUUGAAACUUUGCAACACUUUGGCUCGUUGACGCUGGUGACAAUUACGUUAACACGAAAGAUGUUCACUAUGCUUCUUUCUGUUGCCGUUUAUAAUCAUAAACUCACACCUGGCCAAUGGCUUGGCACGGCCAUAGUCUUUGCGGGAAUAUCUGUGGAGGCUUUCGUGAAACGCAAAGAUGUUCACAUUAAAAAGGUUACUCAAGAGAAAGAAAAGGCGAAAAUCAAAUCACUGUAGACUUCAAUGUAUAUCCAUAAUCUUAUCAUACCCAGGAAUGCAACAGAACAAAGCUAAAUAGCAGGUACAAGGAAGAACGCACGGAUCAAGAAAUUAAAAGUUAAUACGUUGCCACAGUCAGGAGAGAUGGACCUCACAACCUCAUUACGACUCCAUUGCAUCCAUUGCACUUACAUCGAACGACUCAUCCCGCAUUAAUACCCGUUUUCGAUCGUCCUCCCUGUAAAUCAUACAUGCUUAGACUAUAAAUUAACUAUACAGCAUAGAGUGAAUGUUUACCGAUCAUUGUCUUCCUCGUCUUCAUCAGAUCGUUUCCUUCUCGAUAUCACUCGCUGGUUGUUUGGGAAGUUAGCAAGAGCAAGAUUUGCCCUGUAUAUGGAUUCGUAUUCCUAUCAUGUGAUGUCAAUCGAGACCUCGAUGUGAUUCAAAAGUGGCUCACUUUUAUUUGUGUCAAAAAUCCGCCAUUUGGAGAUAUGCAAUACCGUCUGUUUUGUACUAGGUGCAAUGCGUCCUCCCAUGAUAGGUGAUAAUGUUGCAUCACGAACAUCACGACAAACGCGGGAGAUAGGCUGAUUCCACCUAGAAUUAUGAUUGGUGCGAUGGUAUCGUACUGGUAUCGUGCCUGCACCGUAUGUCACUU